CUCCCUUAUUUUCUUCUAUUUUCCCCCGCAUUCCUAACCGCUCUUGACGUCUUUCCACCACUACUGCGGCGCUCAAUAUCCCAACAAUCGCGUUGUAAACAUGUCUACGCGUCCUGGCCCUCUCAGAGAGUGGCCGCUCGAACGCUUCUUGCCAGCAGGCUCUAGUUUACCACCUACGAGCCUUUUCAAACCAAACAGGCCACAGAAACGGGCACAUUCUCCCACCCCAACGCCUUUCAGUCCUACAAAACGUCGAAUUCUCUUUGGUGAAGGCGUUUUCUUGCCAGAGAAGACUGUAAAGAGCCCUUUACGACGACGUCUAGCCUCUCCUGCUCGCUUCACAGAGAUUCUCCAAGGACCAGGAAGCCCGGCAAAGAAGCUUGAUUUUGGCUCAGUCAGAGGGCCUUUAAGCUGUGCUUCGCUUUUCCCUUCGGCAGAAUCUGAGGAAGAUGGCCCUUCAUCGUCACGCCACAGACUGGCGCCCUCCCCACGUCUUUCUAGCUCCUCGAUGCAGAAAGAAGGAGUGACUGGAACUGAGACACCUCGUCCUGCUCCCUCAUCCAUUGUCUCUUGGUCAACAUCAUUGCUACCUUCACGAGACCCUAUCAUUCUACCCACAGACCAUUCUAUCCACUACCCUGGCUUUGACGUGUAUCCAGACGCGGAUAUUGACAUGCUGCCUUCUGCCAUCCUUCCACCACCUCCAGAUCUCUCCAAAGAAUCUCAUAAGGAGAAUUUGCCGCCACGUAGGAGGACAAAGAAAGCGUCUGCCGUUGUGGAACAAGGGGAGCCUAUCGCAUGGUCUGCAGACCCAAAGACGCAGGAGCUCCAAAGGAAGUACAUGCUGAAAUCAACGCUAGUACAACCACCUCCGCUGCCUGUUACACCCAAGAAGACUCCAAGCGAGGUGCUUCACGUUACUGCUACGCCGUGUCGGUACCACACACGAUCUUCGGACAGGGAGCCGACACUGACGGCGUCUGAGCAAAAGAGGAGGCGGUAUAUCAUGGAGGCAGAGGCGGAUGAGAAGGCUGGAGAUCUGUAGUUUGCGUGAUAAGCCGGCACGUAUUCCCCUUCUCGCACAUCACUUCACUCAUUUCAUCACCAAGCAUAUCUAUUGCGUUAUUUUUCUGUCCGCUAUCAACGUUUCCUCUUCGAAACCGAUCCUCUUCUAGCAACAAUCAUACGUACAUACUAUAAGCUAUACAUAUUGCUACCAGCAUCUAGCAACUCGUCUUGGUUAUUUGUAUAUCUAUUUUGGUCGGCUCCGUACACAAUUGGAUAGUAAUUUCGCCUCGGA